ACUACUCCCCCUGCUGUUCACUGUACUCUUCACCUGAAGCAACAUGGCUGCCCACAGCGCUGUGCUCUCGAUGAGCAAAAUAAUUACUCCUCUCUGGGGAGGACGCUUUGGAAGUGCGGCUAAAGUUUUGGGGACAAUAGUGACAAGUCAAAGGAACAAAUCCUUUCUCACUGGAGAACAUAUACCCCCUCCUGCUAAGUAUGGAGGCAGACACACAGUCACUUUGAUUCCAGGAGAUGGGAUUGGACCCGAGCUUUUAAGUCACGUCAGAGAAGUCUUCAGAUUCAGCUGCGUGCCUGUGGACUUUGAAGUGGUUCAUGUGAACGCUGCCCAGGAAAACCAAGAUGACAUGGUCAAUGCUAUUACUGCCAUCCGCCGAAAUGGAGUUGCUCUCAAAGGUAACAUAGAAACCAAACACACAUUACCACCUUCAGUGAAAUCUGGGAAUAAUGUGCUCCGCACAAGCUUGGACCUGUACGCCAACGUGAUGCACUGCCAGUCUCUUCCUGGAGUUCAGACUCGACACAAGAAUAUUGACAUUAUGAUCAUCCGGGAGAACACAGAGGGAGAGUACAGCAGUCUGGAGCACGAGAGUGUUUCAGGCGUAGUGGAGAGCCUUAAGAUCAUCACCCGGAACAAUUCUCUCAGGAUUGCAGAGUAUGCUUUCAAUCUGGCUCGUGAGAAAGGCCGCCGUAGGGUCACUGCAGUGCAUAAAGCCAAUAUAAUGAAGCUCGGCGAUGGUCUGUUCCUGCAGUGCUGCAAAGAAGUGGCCUCGGGCUAUCCAGACAUCACAUUUGACAGCAUGAUUGUGGACAACACUACUAUGCAGCUGGUGUCCAAACCACAGCAGUUUGAUGUCAUGGUGAUGCCCAAUCUGUACGGGAAUGUGGUCAGCAAUGUUUGUGCUGGCCUAGUGGGAGGGCCUGGCCUCGUGCCUGGUGCCAAUUAUGGCCGUGACUAUGCUGUUUUUGAAACAGCCACAAGAAACACAGGCAAAAGUAUUGCAGGAAGGAACAUUGCUAACCCUACAGCUAUGCUGCUGGCUAGCUGCAUGAUGCUGGACCAUCUAAAGUUGAAUGAUUAUGCAAGCCUAAUCCGAAAUGCAGUCCUCACCACCAUGAAUGAGACCAGGUUGCAUACUCCAGAUAUCGGAGGUCAGGGCACAACGUCUGAUGUGGUCCAAUCCAUUAUGAAGAAUAUCCAGAGUAAAGGACAGCUCACAGCAGAGCUCUAAAUGAUCAACGAGAAAAGGACACCCACAUUAAACUCACUGGAGUCACAGAGGCAGAUGUCGGUACCCAUAGGUGCACAGUUUGGCAGGAUAUGUGUUUAUGUCUCAUAAAUUAUCAACUUCUUAUUAUUCAUAUUAAUCACCAUUAUCGAAAAUGCCUGUUACAUGCAUAAAAGGUUUACAGUUGCUGCAGUGACAUUCCACAAAGCCACUAGGCUAAAUUCCUAUACUCAAUAUUUAAGUCCACCAAAAUAUAAACACCUGUCACAUUUUCUUCAUUAUAACCACUUAAAAAUUAUUAUUAUUUUUUUUUUUAUAUAGAUAGAGACUUUCUUCAUCCCUGAAUGGGAAAUUCAAGUUCAGAUUCUGAUUUCUUGUCUUCUGUGCAUUUAUAGGGAUGGGAUGUGAACACAAAGCUGCUAAAACCAAACAUCAUUCUCUAUGUCAAAAUAUAUUUUCAUCUUUAAGUGAAAUGUACCUCUCUCCAUAAAACCUUUAACUGAAUGUCUAAGCAAAUGUUCGAAUGUAUGGUUUGUCACCAUAUACUUGUAUAACCAACAAAUAAAUGUAUUGUAUUGUA